GUACCUGUCAGCUGUUUUAAAAUAUAGACCAUCCUAAUAACUCCAACACAAGUCAAAAACCCAGCGCGGUUACCGCUACGGCAAAGCGCGUGUCCCGGUAAAGAGCGACAAUCUGCGUCAUGUGACGGCGGACGGACGGAGAGAUGAAGAUGGCGCAGCACCGGCGCUGAAGAGUCUCCCCGUUCACCGCGUAAAAUCACGGAAAAUUGCAUCGAUCAAGCGCGAAAGAGCGCAACGCGCGCUUGCGUGACUCGAGAAACGCUCAAGGUUAGCUCGUCCUCACGCUGUUCCAGCGGUAAAUCACGACUGACCGAGUCAAUGAAAUUAAUAAAUGAUCGUCUCCAUCCUCAGAUGUUGCUGCCGCCGCAUCCAUAACGGGAGAUCCAGACGCACGGAUGGGAAACCUCAGCUGACGCGUGAAACAUGUCGAUUGUUUUAUCAAGCAUACGGCUGUGAGAUAAACACGUCUGACUGUCUGCUUCAACUUUAAUGUGUCAUCGUACAUGACAUUUAACCGAAACUCUUAUAAUAUCUUGGUUAUUUUACCGGGAUCAUGUGGACACCGACCGAGGACGAGAAAAUCGGAGUGGUGGUCUGUGGUUUCCGUGGAUCAGUGUUACAUGGUCUGACUCUAGAGCUUGGAGAAACGGUUCAGAUCCUGGAGAAAUGUGAAGGAUGGUACCGAGGAUUUUCCACCAAGAAACCCACAAUCAAGGGGAUCUUCCCAGCCGGUUACGUUCACUUGAAGAAGGCUGUCGUCACGAACAGGGGGCAAUAUGAGACGGUGGUCCCGCUGGAGGACCCCAUCAUCACAGAGGUCACCUCUACGCUGCAGGAGUGGUCUGUCCUGUGGAAGCAGCUGUAUGUGAAGCAUAAAGUCGACCUCUUUUACAAGCUCCGUCACGUGAUGAAUGAGUUGAUUGAUCUGAGGCGACAACUGCUUUCAGGCCACCUGACCCAGGAUCAAGUCCGUGAAGUCAAACGCCACAUCACCGUACGACUGGACUGGGGCAAUGAACACUUAGGCUUAGAUCUGGUGCCCAGGAAGGAGUUUGAAAUGGUUGAUGCGGACCAGAUCAGCGUUUCUGAUCUCUACAAAAUGCACCUAUCCAGCAGACACAGCGUCCAACAAAGCACAUCCCAGGAUGGCGGAAGACAAAGACACGGGGAUUCGUGUCGAAUGCCUGUGCCACACCAUCUCUUUGUCAACCUAAAGAGUUUCACAUACAACACCAUCGGCGAGGACACAGACAUCUUCUUCUCUUUGUAUGACCUGAGAGAGGGCAAGCAAAUCAGUGAGAAGUUUAUGGUGAGACUCAACAAAAAUGGUGGCCCAAAAAACCCAGAGAAGGUCGACCGUCUCUGCGCCCUCUUUACGGACUUAAGCAACAAAGACAUGAAGAGAGAUCUGUACAUUGUGUCCCAGGUCAUCAGGACGGGGCGGAUGUUGUUAAACGACUCGAAGAAAGGCCCCCCUCACAUCCAGUACCGCCGGCCGUACGGAUGCGCAGUGCUGGCCAUGAGCGACGUCCUUCAGACCAUCUCUGAACUCAAAGAGGAGAAAGACUUUGUGCUCAAAGUUUACACGUGUAAUAAUGAAAAUGAGUGGUACCAGAUUCAUGAGAACAUUAUCCGCAAGUCCAGCACCAAAUACACCGCCCCCAGCACUAACUACGGUCUAAUCAUCUCACUGCAGCUGUUGAGGGGUGACAUGGAGCAGGUGCGCAGGGAAAACCCCAUGAUAUUCAACCGCGGUGUGGCCAUUACGCGCAAACUGGGCUUCCCUGAUGUGAUCAUGCCAGGCGACAUACGCAAUGACCUCUACCUCACACUGGAGAGAGGAGACUUUGAGAGAGGAGGCAAGAGCGUUCAAAAGAACAUAGAGGUCACCAUGUAUGUGCUCUACGCUGACGGCGAGAUCCUCAAAGAGUGCAUUAGUCUGGGCUCAGGAGAACACAACAUCAGCGAGUACCGCUCUUUCGUCCUCUACCACAACAACAGUCCGCGCUGGAGUGAGGUCAUCAAACUGCCCAUCCCCAUCGACCGCUUCCGCGGCUCCCAUCUGCGCUUUGAGUUCAGACACUGCUCAACAAAGGACAAAGGAGAAAAGAAGCUUUUUGGCUUUGCUUUCACUCCACUUAUGAGGGAAGAUGGCACCACACUGUCAGAUGAGAGCCAUGAGCUUUACGUCUACAAGUGUGAUGAAAACACCACCUUCAGUAACCACGCGCUGUACCUGGGUCUGCCCUGCUGUAAAGACGACUUCAACGGCUGCCCCAACAUCCCGUCCAGCCUCAUCUUCCAGCGCAGCACUAAGGAAACCCUCUGGAUAUCCACUCAGCUCUCUUCCACCAAACUGACUCAGAAUGUCGAUCUACUAGCCUUGUUGAAGUGGAAAGCCCAUCCAGACCGUGUAAUGGACAUUUUGGGGCGACUGCGGCACGUCUGUGGGGAAGAAAUAGUCAAAUUUCUUCAAGACAUCCUCGACACACUGUUCUCCAUUCUGGAUGACAACACAGACAAAUAUGGACCCCUGGUGUUUCAGUCACUGGUGUUCAUCAUCAAUCUGCUUAGGGACAGUAAGUUUUAUCACUUCCGUCCUGUGAUGGACACAUACAUCCAGAAGCAUUUUGCUGGAGCACUGGCUUAUAAAGAGUUGAUUCGCUGUCUGAAGUGGUAUAUGGACCGAUCAGCAGAAGUUGUUCGACAGGAUCACAUCCAGGAAGCCAUGAGGGCUCUAGAGUACCUGUUUAAAUUCAUCGUCCAGUCACGGAUCCUCUACUCCCGGGCCACCUGUGGGAUGGAGGAGGACCAAUUUCGGGCUAGCAUCCAGGAGCUUUUCCAAUCCAUCCGUUUCGUGCUCAGUCUGGACAGCCGCAGCUCUGAGACGCUCAUUUUCACCCAGGGUCCCCAGCCAACUACAGGACAAGCCACCACCAACCAGGGCAACUGCUUGCAGCCGUUUAGCUGCAAUGCCCCACGGCCCUCUCCGCUGUCUGCUGCCCUACUCAACUCGUUCCCAGCUAUUUUUGACGAGCUCCUCCAGAUGUUCACAGUACAGGAAGUGGCAGAGUUUGUGAGGGGAACUCUGGGUAGCAUGCCUAGUACAGUCCACAUCGGUCAGUCCAUGGAUGUGGUCAAGCUGCAGUCCAUUGCUCGGACAGUGGAUAGCAGGCUUUUCUCUUUUCCAGAAUCAAGGAGAAUUCUCCUUCCUGUUGUUCUCCAUCACAUUCAUCUGCAUCUGCGCCAACAGAAGGAGCUUCUGAUCUGCUCAGGAAUCCUGAGCAGCAUUUUCUCCAUUAUUAAGAGCAGCUCAUUGGAGAGCUCUGUGCAGGAGGAGGUAGAGAUGAUGGUGGAGAGUUUGUUGGAUGUGUUGUUACAGACGCUGUUGGCCAUCAUGAGUAAAUCUCAGUCUCAGGAGGCGGUAAGAGGGCAGCGCUGUCCACAGUGCACGGCUGAGAUCACUGGGGAGUACGUGUCCUGCUUGUUGUCCCUCCUGCGUCAAAUGUCGGACAUUCAUUUUCAACACCUACUGGACAACUUCCAAAGCAAAGAGGAGCUAAAGGAGUUCUUGCUGAAGAUUUUCUGUGUGUUCAGAAACCUGAUGAAGCUCAGUAUAUUCCCACGUGACUGGAACGUCAUGCGACUGCUGACCAGCAAUAUCAUUGUGAGCACAACUCAGUAUCUGUCGCCUGCUCUCCAUAAAAGCUUUACGGAUGCUGACUUUGAUUUUAAGGUGUGGAAUUCGUACUUCAGUCUGGCAGUGUUGUUUAUCAACCAGCCCAGUCUACAGCUGGAGACGCUGACACCAGCCAAGCGGAAGAAGGUCUUUGACAAGUAUGGUGAUAUGAGGGUCAUGAUGGCUUAUGAGCUGUUUAGCAUGUGGCAGAAUUUGGGUGAGAAUAAGAUCCACUUCAUACCAGGAAUGAUUGGCCCAUUUUUGGGUGUGACGCUUGUACCGCAAAAUGAAGUCCGAAAUAUAAUGAUCCCUAUCUUCCACGAUAUGAUGGACUGGGAACAGAGAAAGAACGGCAACUUCAAACAGGUGGAGGCAGAACUGAUUGACAAACUGGACAGUCUGGUGUCUGAAGGCAAAGGCGACGAGAAUUACAGAGAACUCUUCAGUUUGCUAACUCAACUGUUUGGGCCGUACCCCAGUCUGCUGGAGAAGAUCGAGCAGGAGACCUGGAGGGAGACAGGCGUCUCUUUCGUCACAUCUGUCACGCGGCUCAUGGAACGACUGCUGGACUACAGAGAUUGCAUGAAAGGCGAUGAGACAGAAAACAAGAAGAUCGGCUGCACUGUUAACCUGCUGAAUUUCUACAAAUCGGAGAUUAAUAAAGAGGAGAUGUACAUCCGAUACAUUCACAAGCUGUGCGACAUGCACCUGCAGGCCGAAAACUACACAGAGGCGGCGUUCACGCUCCUGCUGUACUGGGAGCUGCUCCACUGGGAGGAAAGACCCCUCCGGGAGUUCCUGCACUAUCCCGCGCAGAGCGAAUGGCAUCGCAAAGAGGGUCUCUGUCGUAAGGUCAUCCACUACUUCAACAAGGGAAAGUGUUGGGAGUACGGCAUCCCGCUGUGCCGUGAACUAGCCCUUCAGUACGAGUCCCUGUACGAUUAUCAGAGUCUCAGCUGGAUACGGAAAAUGGAGGCGGCAUAUUAUGACAACAUAAUGGAGCAGCAGCGACUAGAGCCGGAGUUCUUCAGGGUGGGAUUUUAUGGUCGGAAGUUUCCCUUCUUCCUCAGGAAUAAAGAGUUUGUUUGUCGAGGGCAUGACUACGAGAGACUCGAAGCCUUUCAGCAAAGAAUGCUGGGUGAAUUUCCACAAGCUAUCGCCAUGCAGCACCCAAAUCAACCAGAUGAGGGGAUUUUACAGGGUGAUGCCCAGUACCUCCAGAUCUAUGCUGUGACUCCAGUUCCAGAAAACAUUGAUGUGCUGCAGAUGGACCGUGUGCCGGACCGCAUCAAGAGUUUCUACAGAGUAAAUAAUGUCCGACGCUUCCGUUACGACCGGCCCUUCCACAAGGGGCCCAAAGACAAGGACAAUGAAUUUAAGAGUCUCUGGAUCGAGCGGACCACACUCAUCCUCACCCACCCUCUGCCCGGGAUCUCCCGCUGGUUUGAGGUGGAUAAGCGCGAGCUGAUUGAGGUUAGUCCGCUGGAGAAUGCCAUAUAUGUGGUGGAGAACAAGAACCAGGAGCUGCGCACCCUGAUCAGUCAGUACCAGCACAAGCAGCUUCACGGAAACAUCAACCUGCUCAGCAUGUGCCUCAACGGGGUGAUCGACGCCGCCGUCAACGGAGGAAUCGCCAGAUACCAGGAAGCGUUCUUCGAUAAAGAGUACAUUAGCAGUCACCCAGAAGAUACAGAGAAGAUCACCCAACUCAAGGAUCUGAUGCAGGAACAGGUUCACAUUCUCGGCAUGGGUCUGGCUGUCCACGAGAAACUGGUGCAUCCGGAAAUGCGUCCCCUGCACAAGAAGCUGAUCGAUCAGUUCCAGAUGAUGAGGAGCAGCCUCUGUCAUUGUUUCUAUGUGGCCCUGCAGGGCCUGCCCGGUCUGGAUAAGCUGAGUCCGGCCUGCUCAGGGUCUAGCACCCCACGCGGCAUCCUCGCCACCCACAGUCCCAUGAGUCCUGAAAGUAUCAAGUUCAUGCACCGACACAGCCCUCUGAAUGUGUUGGGCUCUGUCCGCCACUCCUCCUCUUCUCUCUCCUCUCACACCUCCAGUGAGACAGGAAACCUGCUCAUCCUGACAGACAGUAUGAUGGAGCACCCGGAGGACCUCUACCGCAUGCAGCCAAGUCCAUCAUCGUCCAGUUUGAGCUCGACACAUUCAGCUCCGUCUCAGAUGAUCAACUCAGGGCACAGCAGCAUCAGAGUUGGGUCCCCAUCACUACCUGACAGAUACAGACACAACCGAGAGAUAUUAAUGCUCCUACCACCACACAGGGACCGUCCCAGCAGUGCCAUGUACCCCAACAUGACCGAGAAUGGACAGCCUACUAACCAUCAGAGGGCUCUUUACCAUCAGGUCAUUGGUCCCUGCAAACCCUGCAGUGACCCCAAUCUCUCUGUGGCUGAUAAAGUGUUGACAGCUCCCAGCAGCUGGAGUUUGGACAGUGGCACCAGGGACACUCUGCCUUUCCUCUCUGCUCAUGUCGGGAGUGUGAUGGUCCCACCCGUUCCCCCCCGCACCCUUCCUCCCGGACACUUCUCGAUGCACUUUGAUGCUUUCCACCACCAGAUCAACGAACUCCCUCCAGCUCUCCCCGCGCGCUCUUUAAGAAAGUCGCCCCUGCACCCUAUACCUGCUUCACCCACCAGUCCACAAUCGGGCCUGGAUGGCAGUAACUCCACCUUGUCCGGCAGCGCCAGCAGUGGUGUCUCCUCCUUGAGCGAGAGCAACUUCGCCCAGUCCUCCUCCGAGCCUCCGGCUCGAGCCGACACCUUGGACUCGAUGCCGAGCAGCCAGGCCUGGACCACGGACACGGAGGAAGCCGAGAGUCCCUACCUCCCUGUGCGCUACAGCGUCUCAGAGCCAGAAGUUCUGGACCCUCUCAAGCCCGCUCCCUGCCGUAGUCAUUCAGCCCCAUUGGGCGUAACCCCAGGGAUGCCCACCGAUGGGCACCACCAUCAUCACCUCCAUCUCCACCAUCACCACCCACAUGCAAUACACAUCACCCAUCCGCACUACCACCACCAUGAGCCUACACCUGCUCUGCCUCCCAAACCUUACCUGAGGGAAGGGUGUAUCCCUGAAGAGGACCUGAGGCCGGUUCCAAGGCCAAUGCCACGCAAGAUCUCCCAGCCUCUGCUCACUAACAAGGAGGAGCAGGCCAAGGUGGCCUGGGAACAUGGCAUCAGUGAAGAAUAGAUGAAAAGCAAGGUUAAACUUGGACUGUUGGCUUUAGUGUGAUUGGUGGUUGGGUUUUGGGAAAGUCCCAAGAACUGACUGGGUUUGAACCUCUACUAUACUUCCCAUGUAUCCAGUGUAGGUCUUUGAAACGUUUUAAGAUGUGCUUGACAUGUUGCUGAGUUUCUACAUGCUAGUGAGACAUUUUGUUGUGUGCUUAGUGGUUGUUGAUUGGGAGUUGCCCAGGAGCCUUGAGUUCAAACUGCUUGUAGAGCCCAAGCUACUUCCCCUCAUUAGUAUCAGUAUAUUGAUUGGAUAAUUAGUAUCAGUAUAUUGAUUGGAUAAUACAGAUAUGGUCCCGAAACAGACAGACUGUUCAGAUGAAACAGGAAGCACAAAAUCACAUUCAGGUGGUUUUCAGGUGUGCCAGGUCCAAGCAUUUCGUGUCCUAAGAGAGAAAUACACCUCUUGUCAAGGUCUACAACUUGUUAACACUUCAUAAUCAUCAUUACAAUAGUUUUGAUUGAUUGACAUCAUACAACUUUAAAAAGAGUGUCGAUAAACCUUACCAAUAGACGUUGUUCAGGUUGGGUUGCACUUUAGCACUUAACAUUAGAGCACCAAAUACCUUAUAAUUUUUGUCUAUAUAUAUAUAUUUUUUAUCUAAUUAUUUAAAAAUAAUUUAGAAAGUGGUCAAAAGUGGAUUUGUGGUUCCUUAGAUAGUGGCUAAAAUUGAAAUUAAGUUCAUCUCGGUAGCCCACAUAAGGGUGGAUUUCAGAUUCACAAAGAUAUCUUCAUUGACUAAAUUCUCAUUUCUUCUGACAAGAUACUUCCCAGUCCAAUGCAAAAGCCUCAGACGUGGUUUUAUUAAAACAGCGGUUGAUAUAACAUGCUAACACUUCAUUACCAACCUAAAAAACACUUAACAGAACGUCUGCUACCUCCUGCACGGUUGCGGGAAGCUUCUCCUCAAGAGAGAAUCUGCACUGAUGUGACAGUAAGAGGCUUUUACAAUCUUCGUAAAGCCUCAUUACACCCACAAUAUUGUCGUGCUGCG